AUGGCCGGCGGUGUCGAGGCGGCUGCCCCUCCUCAUGAGAUCUUUGACACGAUCCUGCUUUUGGACUUUGGAAGCCAGACAUCGCAUCUGAUUCUCAGGGCUCUCAGAUCAUUCAAUGUGUUCUGUGAAGUAUUACCCGGCACCACCAAGGCGAGACCGUCAUCUGUGAAGGAUGAGGGCUCACCUCACGCCGAUCCUGCAUUCUUUGAGAUGGGAGUACCCAUCCUUGGAAUCUGUUACGGCUGCCAGGAGAUUGCUUGGCGGUCAGACUCUGAGAGUGUCGCCCCAGGCGAGGCUCGGGAAUAUGGCCACACGGAUCUCACCAUAUAUCCAGUUGCCUCAUCCCCUCACAUCAACCAACUCUUCGAGGGUCUAGGAGAGACAAUGCACGUCUACAUGAGUCACUUUGACAAACUCGUGAAGCUCCCCGCAGGGUUUACCCUGAUCGCCAGCUCCCCGAAUUCAGAGUAUGCGGGAAUUGCUCAUCAAACAAAGCCCAUUUAUGGAAUCCAAUUCCACCCCGAAGUUGAGCACACUCCUCGCGGUGCAGAGAUCAUUAAGAACUUUGCCGUCAACAUCUGCAAAGCACGACAGCACUGGGUCAUGAGCGACUUUAUCGAGCAUGCGAUCGCACGUAUCCGCCAGCAGGUUGGUGACAAAGCUCAAGUCAUAGGGGCUGUCUCGGGCGGUGUCGACAGCACGGUGGUAGCUCGUCUCAUGCGGGAAGCUAUUGGCGACCGAUUCCACGCCGUUCUUGUGGACAACGGGGUGCUGCGUCUCAACGAGAGCCAAGAGGUCAAGAAGACGCUUCAAGAAGCUCUUGGCAUCAACUUGACUGUCAUCGAUGGGUCAAAGAUUUUCCUCGAACGCCUCAAGGGUGUCAGCGAGCCGGAGAAGAAGCGCAAGAUUAUCGGUGGUCUCUUCAUCGACCUCUUCGAGGAGGAGGCUAUCAGAAUUGAAAAGGCAGCCGAAAACACCUCCAAUGCUGGCAAGGUGGAGUUCUUCGUCCAAGGUACUCUGUAUCCAGACGUCAUCGAGUCUCUGAGCUUCAAACCGGGCUCAAAUUCGGCAACCAUCAAGACACAUCACAACGUGGGCGGUCUCCCGGCCCGUAUGAUGAACGGCCAAGGACUCAAGUUGAUUGAGCCCCUACGAGAGCUUUUCAAGGACGAAGUGCGCGGCUUUGGCCGGCAACUAGGGAUCCCUGAAGAACUGGUCAUGCGUCACCCUUUCCCAGGUCCAGGCAUUGCGAUCAGAAUUAUCGGAGACGUCACGCCCGAGCGUGUUGAAAUCGCCAGAAAGGCCGAUCACAUCUUCAUCUCCAUGAUCAAGGAGGCAGGAAUCUAUAACGAGAUCGCUCAGGCCUAUGCUGGCCUUGACACCAACCGAGCUGUUGGAGUCAUGGGUGAUGAUCGUGUCUACGGAUACAUCAUUAUCCUUCGCGCUGUUGCGUCGACCAACUUCAUGACUGCUGAGCCUUACGAUUUCAGCUCCUCGUUCCUGAAGCAAGUCGCACGAAGGAUUGUGAACGAGGUUGUCGGAGUCUCUCGCGUGACUUACGACAUCACGAGCAAGCCCCCUGGAACUAUCGAGCUGGAGUGA